GAAACGCCUUCUGAUUUCCGUUAACUUGACUCUGGUGGCAGUGCUACAUCAGCGUCUGGUUGCUGAUAGUUUUUUGACCAAACUUUCUGAACUCUGACAGUCUGAACUUGUCGUAUAUCCAUCUCUACACAAUGCAGUUGGAUACUUUGUUGCACAUAGCUAACUUCAGCACUCUGUUUAUGUGCAUGGUGCUGAAGUUCCCGCAGAUCUUUGUACUGAUGCGAGCCAAAGCAGCGGCGGGAGUCAGCCUCAACAGCCUUCUCCUCGAGCUCAUCGGGUACAUUGUUUUUGUUACGUACCAGAUGUACUAUGACUACCCUCCUCCAACGUACCUGGAAUAUCCGAUUCUCAUCGCUCAAGACGUCAUUCUUCUUCUCCUGGUUCUUCACUACACCGGCAACCUGCGGCACAGUCUCAUCUACACCUUGGUGUUCGUCGGGGGUUGGAGGCUCCUCACUGUGGAGAAAUGGAUCAUAGAUUUGGCUAUGAGCCUGUGCACAUUCAUCAGUGCAGGCAGUAAGUUUGCCCAACUGCAGUGCCUGUGGAGGUCUAAGGAUGCUGGACAGGUUAGCGCCCUCUCAUGGGGUAUGGCUACAUACACAUGUAUGGCACGGAUUUACACCACCACAGUGACAACCGGAGACAUGCAGGUUCUGGUGCGGUUCAUCACCAUGACCCUGCUGAACCUGUGGGUGCUGCUCACGGUGCUCUACUACCAGAGACGCAGCAGCAGCUCGAAGAAAGACGACUGAAAGCUUCAAAGUCGGAUCCUGAUUGGCUGUCGUGUGAAGCUGCAGUUCAUUCAGUCCUCCGGUUCUGUUCACCAGAGAGUUUACCUGGUUACUCUGGACACAGCCAGGACUGGAAAACAAAACUGAUGGGGGAACAGCGGUUAUGUAAGGAGCAUUUAUAAUACUGACCCGCAAAAUGUGCUUUUUUUAUAUUGUUUUUACCUCAGUAUUAAAUCGUUACUUUUUAUGACACACCAGUGAAUAAAUAUUUACUAUACUGUAUGUGUGGUGUCUUCAAGUAGUAGGACAGCACAAGCCAAGUACAUCUGAGAUCUUCACACUUAGCAUAAAUACUGUAUUUUUGAAUUUUAUACAUGUAAAGUUCUUUUCUGAACUAUUUUAAUAAACCAAACAUUUUAACUUC